AUGGCUGACGGACCCUUUCAGCGCAAACCCUGGGGCCCGGAGCAGAUUAGCCUGGACCACGACCCUGACUCCGAAGGCCUGUUUGACAAGCCGCCCCCGGAGGAGCUGCCCGCAGCCCACGCGCCCAAGCCCGCGUCCUCCGGGGGCAAGAAGGCUGGUCGGCGCGUGGGCGGGAAGGCGCAAGGGUGCCGCGCCGGGCAGCCCCCGAGGGCUGCUGCCCGCCCCCCGCCCAAGGAAGAGGGGCCUCUGCAGGACGAGGGCUGCUAUCUCGACCACUUUCCGCACCUCUCCAUCUUCAUCUACGCGGCCAUCGCCUUCUCCAUCACCUCCUGCAUCUUUACCUAUAUCCAUUUACAGCUUGCCUAA